AUGGGGGGGGCCUCCACGGCGGAAACUUUGGCGCACAAGAAGCCUAAGAAGGCGGACUACCGACAGAGGGCUCACUGCAACCCCUUGGCAGACUCCUUCCUGGCCUAUCCACCGUCUCCAGAAUUUGUGGAUUGGAGCAUGCAUUUUCCAGGGCCCCUCGGAGUGGCCUCUCCGCCUCGCCUCUGCCUCAACACUACAGACUACCCAAUCAAGUACGAAGCUCCUGUUGCGGCAGAAAGAAAUGGCGAAAGUGGGAGAUCUCCAGACUUUCUCGACGUUGGCUGCGGCUUUGGGGGCCUCUUGAUCUCUUUGGCUCCCCAGUUCCCCCAGUCCCUCAUUAUGGGCCUAGAGAUCAGAGAAAAGGUUACGAAUUUUGUUGGCGAGAGGAUUCAGGCCUUGAGGGAAGAACACAAGGAGGAAGGAUUGUACCAGAACGUCUCUGUCAUCAGAACAAACGCAACAAAGUUCCUUCUCAAUUAUUUUAGGAAGGGGCAGAUAUCGAAGAUGUUCUUUUGCUUCCCUGACCCCCACUUCAAGAGGACCAACUGGAGGCGGAGGAUCAUCAACACCCCUCUGCUUACGCUCUAUGGGUACAUCAUGAAACCGGGGGGACUCCUCUAUACCAUUACGGACGUAGAGGCCGUACACCACUGGAUGGUCCACGCGUUGCGGCACCACCCGUUGUUCGCUGAGCAGUCCCUGGAAGCACUUUCGGGGGACCCUUGUCUUGUGGCUAUCCAGAACCACACGGAGGAAGGCAUGAAGGCAAUCACUUGUGAUGCCGUGUGCCUACCUGCGGGGAAGCUCGCCGCAUGUCUUGAACCACAGUUUGGAUGCGCCUCGAAUCAGUCUUCAGGCGGAUCUAAUGAGAUGCGCCUGACAGCCAUCCUGAAGGCGCUACUAUCACCGACGCUGAGAGGCAGUUCGUGGACAAGGCUCGUCAUGGGGAAAAAUUUAGGCGCCUUAACGACUGCAUGGCCUCAAAAAGUCGAGGCGACCCAGUCUCUCUUCUCUCUAGCCGCCCUUGCCCUUCAUGCUGCUUCGUUCAAUGCAGCAAGGAAACUAUAG